CCGGAUGUGACGCAACGUUCUCCCUACUCGAAAAAGUGACCCAUCAUCCAAAUAAGAGGUGGGAACCUUCAAUGCAGGUCUGGACUCGUAUCUACCACCAACAACACUGAAGCGAAGACUUCCAGGACUUCCAGGACUUCCAGUUUCGAUUGAGUCUGCCCUUCUUUGAUGCUGCGCCGACUCACUCCUCUCACCGCCGGGUUGGAGCACAGCAGCUGAGGGACCAUGGACACCCUGUCCAGCCACAGCUCCUACCUGCUGCAGCAGCUCCAGGAGCAGAGGAUCCAGGGACUGCUGUGUGACUGCAUGCUGGUGGUCAAAGGCGUCUGCUUCAAGGCCCACAAAAAUGUCCUGGCGGCGUUCAGCUCCUAUUUCAGGUCCUUGUUCCAAAAUUCCCCCAGUCAGAAGAACGAGGUGUUCAACCUGGUCAUCCAGGACGUCGGUGGUAUAGGUCAAAUAUUGGACUACAUGUACACCUCACACCUCGACGUCAACCAGGAUAAUGUGCAGGCGCUCCUGGACAUCGCUCAGUGCUUGCAGGUUCCAAAUGUGCAGGGCAUGUGUAACGCUUUCCUCAAGCCCUGUCCCCCACCAGUGGAAAUCCCACCGUUUUCUCUCCCAGGCAUGCUGAGCUCUGAGCACGACUGCCUCCUGGGGAGCAAUCUUCCUCAUGACGUUGACCUCCCCUGUCCCUCUGAAGCCCAGAGGCCCGGCACCAGCAGUGAUGUGGACCACACCAAAAGGGUGCCGGGUUCUUUACCUAACAGCAGCACCAGCUGUGACACAGCUAGCAGCUCUCAGGCACCUGUAGAAAAACAGUUAGUCCACGGCUACAAGCUCCGUAACUUCUACAGCAAGCAGUACUUCAAACAGAGUGCUAUUCAGACUAAUAGUGCGGCCUCAAACCAAGGCCCUAGUCCUUUGGUGGUGGUGGAGGAGCCGCAGUGUCAGCUUGGGGUCAGCCAGGGUGUCAACAACAUGCCUGUGUGCUCAGGAAACACAGUCCAGCCUAAUCCUUCUAGCGCAUCUGCGGCAGUGGAAAAGAACCCUGCCUCCGCUCUAACACCCUCAGAAAAUUUAAACGCCCCCAACUCAGACUCCAUGCUCAACAGGCCGGUGCGCCCAAAGAAGGCUGUGUACUUGAAAAAAUACAACUACCUGAGAUCUCAGAAAGCUCUGGAGGAGAUGUGUGCAGAGUCUGUCAGCGAGCCCGUCCUCUGCUGUCCCAAACAGAGUCGUCAAGAAGAGUCUGUUGUCCUGUCAACUCCAGAGGCUCCCGUUGCUGCGGCCGAGGAGAAGGUUCCUGAUACAGCGACAGAUUCACAACAUCAUCCCAGUUCUCCACCUGCGACCCAAGAAGAGCAAAAUCUGAAGCCACAGCAGCCGACAGGACACAAGCAGUAUUGUUGCAAUGUGUGCGGGAAGAUUUUCAAGCAUCCGAGCAACCUGGAGCUGCACAAGCGCUCACAUACUGGGGAGAAGCCCUUCCAGUGUAAUGUUUGUGGGAGAAACUUCUCACAGGCUGGAAAUUUACAGACCCAUCUGCGGCGACAUUCUGGAGAGAAACCGUACAUCUGUGAGUUAUGUGGCAAAAGCUUUACAGCAGCAGGGGAUGUUCACCGUCACAAAGUGGUCCACACAGGAGAGAAGCCCCAUCUGUGUGAUAUAUGUGGUCGAGGAUUCAACAACUUGAGCAAUCUCAAGGAGCACAAGAGGACUCACGCCACAGACAAGACAUACACCUGUGACCAGUGUGGAAAAUCCUUCAACACGCACAGAAAGCUGCUGAAGCACAAGGCCCGCCACGCUGGGGAAAAACCACACAGUUGUGCAACCUGUGGGAAGUGCUUUAUUGGCUCAGGGGACCUGCAGCGUCACAUACGUUCUCACACCGGUGAGAAACCCUAUAUCUGCAACGCCUGCGGUAAGAGCUUCACCCGCUCCGCCAUGUUGAGGAGACACAGCAACAUGCACUGCAAGGGGGCUCCGGCCGACAGCCUGGACACCUCUGAGCAGACGUCGCGUAGUUCGGACGGAGCAGCCUCGUUCCCCAAACUUGUCGGCCACCGCAAAUCUCCCGCCUCUACCGGUGAGCAGAAUUUCUCCACCAUGAUGCCCCGUGCAGAGUUGGAGAAACCCUCACUACCGGCUCCAUCGCCAACACAGCCACCGCCGCAUAUAGACACGCCUUCUCCCACCAUGCCCCUCAGCCCAGCUUCCACCCCCACCCCGCUACCCGAGCUCCGCUCUCUGGUGCCGCAUCAUCUCCUCUCGUCCAACCACCAGGAGAAAAGUGCAGCCCUGGCUGCUCCAGACCACUCGAAGAUGGCCAAACACCACCUGCCUCAGGAGGCCGUGUACGGUCCGUAUGUGGAGAAUGAGGGCAUGUCGGUGGAGAUGGGCAGGGGACCGGUGGGGAGACCCUACCUUCCUCACACAGACAACCACUGCAGUUCACACACAUCCUCCGGCAGGCCCAGUAGUGGCUCCUACAGGUCCAGUGAGGGCCAGUACAUCUCCAGCGUCACUCUGUGGGGCCUGGCGAUGAAAACUCUGCAGAACGACAAUGACAUGGAGCAAUGACACGCUUCUUCACACAAGCACAGCAUCAAUGAUAGCAGCUCUUAUGAUGAAGCAGACAUAAAAUAUUAACAAUAUUAACUAUUUAUAACUGGAAAUGUUUUGAGAGUUGACAUCACUCCAAAUCAAAGCAAGCCUUUCUCUAAAAAUAGUGAAAUCAUACAUUUACUCAAAGGAAUGAUAAUUGCCGUUGUGAUACUUUAUUGUAAUACACACACCAGUCAGGUGUGGACUUUGACAGCUGAGCAGUGCACAGGGUUGUUUUUUUUACCACUCUUAUUCUGCGUGGAUCUUCCUUUUUAAAAUUCCACCUAUAGACUUCCGAAGAUGCACCACAGGUAGUCAAAAAUAUUCAUUUGUAUUCGUAUUUAUAGCACUGCACUUUAAAAUGUGAACAUGCAGACCUAUUUUUUGAUUAUCUGCGUCAAAUGUUUAAUAGUAUUAUAUUAAUGUAAGAAUAAAUGAUGUACAUUCUA